GGACCGGUUUACAUGAACGAUACACGUCGACAAAUGUGAGUCAUAGGCCUGUGAAUACGAUAUAUAUAUAUAUACAUCUAGGGAUCUACAACUCUGUCCCAUUACAUCUUCAUCCUCGUUGAAUUAUAGGUCACAGGGCUAUUUUGCUCAAUUGUCUUUACUCGAAGCCUGAAUCCUCCAAACAAAACCUACCAUCCACCAUGUCUUACCCACCCGUAACCCCACUACAAACAACUGACAAGAUCACAUCUCUCCUUACCCGACUACACGCACAGUCAUCGACACAAGAAUCUGGAAUAUCCAGCAGUGAGAUCGGUGAGAUACGACGACAAGCCGCCACCGACCCAAAGCAGGGCUACCUGGCACUUGAUGCCUUGAUGUUAGACAAGUUCAUCGCGCUGGACCAAGACAAAUGUCUUUUCAUGUAUAACCUGCUUCUAUCUCUGGAUGCAACUACGGUUGUCGAGGCCGGCACUAGCUUCGGCGUCAGUACCAUCUAUCUAGCCCUGGCGGUCGCUCGCAAUGUCGAGGCUCGCAAGGCUCGUGGCGACCUGAAUGUCACUGGCAGAGUCAUUGGUACGGAGAAGGAAGACUCCAAGGCUGCUAUUGCAAGACGGUAUUGGGCGGAGGCUGGUCCAGAGGUUGAAAAGUACAUUGAACUCAAGGUUGGGGAUUUGAAUGAGACGUUGGCUGGUGAUCUGGGUUUGCGUGAUGGUCAGAAGAUUGAUUUUUUGCUUCUUGACAUAUGGCCCCACGUUGCUCUCCCAGCACUGAAUCACAUCCUCCCACGUCUCCGCCCAGGCGCUGUUGUACUGACUGACAACACCAUCUCUUCUGUCGACCGAUAUGGCGAUCUAUUGAAGGUGCUUCGCAACCCUGAUGGGCCGUUCAGAAGUGUGACUUUGCCUUACAGCGGAGGGUUUGAAUUUAGUGUAUAUAAUCCUUGAUAUACUAUUCAACAAGGCACUGCUAAAUGCAAAUAAAAAUAUACAACCUGGC